UUUUGAUAACCAUUAGAGUUAUUUUAGAAUCAUAUUUUAUUUCUCUUCAAUUCAUGGAACUUUCUUAUUUCAUUCAAUAUUUGAUCAUUUUAAUAAGUUACAUUAAGUUGAUCUAUUCAACAACAGAGUUAAAUCAACAACAACAAUUAGAUCGUUUAGCAACAUUUUCAUUAAAAUUUCUAGAAUUUCAUAAUCAUGCACAUCGACGUAUUGAUGGCAGUUGUUGUGGUCGUCCUAAACAAUCAUUAUCUUCAUUAGCAACUACUACAAAAGUAGAAACAGAAAUAUGUAAAGCAGAAUGUGCAUUAGAAUUUCGUAUUUGUAUUGAACCUUAUACAGUAAUUAAUAUAUUAUCGAAUAAUACAAAAAUUUAUAAUGGUCCUUGUAUGUACGGUGAAGUAUACACUGGUCAUUGGGGUAAUACAGAUAUUACAUAUGGAUUAUUAGAAGCUAGUGUACAUUCUAUUGGAAUUAUACAUCCAUGGCCGCGUUUAUUUACAGUAAUAUUAGAAGCAUAUGAUUUAGUUAAUCGAAAUGAAAAAUAUUUAAUUGAUCGAGCUAUACAUCGUGGUUUGUUGCGUCCAUUAAUUUCUUCUAUGAAACAAUCUACAGAUUGGCAUCAAGUCACUAUAUCAACACAAUAUUCUGGUUAUACAUUUUGUAUACAAUUAACAUGUGAACUAAAUCAUUAUGGUAAUGAUUGUACAAAAGUAUGUCAAACAAAUGAUAAUCAUACAAAAUUUAAAUGUGAUGCUAAUGGUGAUAAAAUAUGUGAACCUGGAUGGAGUGGAACUGAAUGUGAUAAAGCAAUAUGCAAUAUUGGUUGUCAUCCAGUUCAUGGAACUUGUUCAAGACCAGGAGAAUGCGAUUGUUCAACUGGUUGGCAAGGUCCACUUUGUGAUGAAUGUAUAAAAUAUCCAGGAUGUAAACAUGGAACAUGUAAUGAUGCACCAUUUACAUGCCGUUGUUUACCUAAUUGGGGUGGAUCAUUUUGUGAUCAAGAUCUGGAUUAUUGUGGACGACAUCAACCAUGUUUAAAUAAUGGAAUAUGUAGAAAUUUGAAUUCUUCAUAUUCAAAACCAUUCAAUUGUAGUUGUACACGUGAUUUUACCGGAGAAUAUUGUGAAAUAAAAUUGGCACCGUGUACAAAUGAUCCGUGUAAACGUGGUCGUUGUAUAUCAAAAGAUAAUAUCACUUAUGAAUGUGAAUGUCAACCAGGAUGGCGCGGUGAUCACUGUGAAGAGAAUAUUGAUUAUUGCUUAAUCAAUACAUGUUUAAAUGGUGGAACAUGUCAAGAUUUAGAUGGUCCUGGUUUCCAAUGUUUAUGUCCAUCUGGUUUCAAAGGAUCUAAUUGUCAAUUAAGAUCACCAUGUAGUAAUUCACAAUGUGUACAUGCAGUCAAUUGUAAACAAUUAAUACAACCAGUGAAUGGGAUUGAUUAUGAAUGUAUGUGUCAACCUGGUUGGACAGGACAAUUUUGUGAUCAAAAUAUCGAUGAUUGUGUGGACAAAUGCCAAAAUGGAGGAACAUGUCACGAUCUUCUAGAUGAUUUCUAUUGUACUUGUCCAAUUGGAUUUGAAGGUAGACAUUGUGAAAUUAAUCGUGAAUGUUCUAGUAAACCAUGUCAAAAUAAAGGAAUUUGUCAUGAAAUUCCUGGUGGUUAUUUAUGUGAAUGUCCGAAUGGAUUUAUAGGACAAAAUUGUGAAAUUUCAAUAAAUGGAUGUAAUCCAAAUCUUUGUCAAAAUGGUGCUUAUUGUUAUACAUUAUCUAGUGGUUUCUAUUGUAAAUGUUCAGAAAAUUUUUAUGGACAAUUUUGUGAAUACCAAAGACCAUAUUGUGGACCAGAUGGUUGUGAUACAUUAAUGGAUCCAUGUUUAACUAUGUUAAUUAUGCAUAAUAAUGAUACAUUCCCAUAUACUUCUUCUUCUACUUCUUCGUCCUCGCUGACGUUAACAUCUUCAGUAUUAACUCUUCAACAAUCAACAAUGAUUCCGAGAAAUUCAACUCAAUCAAAUUACGAUAAUUUAUUAAUUAGUCAUCAUGAGAUCACAUAUCCUUAUGGUGUAUGUGGUCAACAUGGUACAUGUGUUAGUACAGAUAAUGGAGAUUAUAAAUGUAUCUGUGGAACUGGUUAUCAAGGAAAAUAUUGUCAUCAAUCAAUUAAUUAUUGUGAAACUAUGCCAUGUAUGAAUGAUGGUACAUGUAUAAGUGGUUUAGAAGGUUAUGAAUGUAUAUGUGAAGAGGGGUUUAGUGGUGUGCAAUGUGAACAUCCUAUUGAUUUAUGUCAACCAAAUCCAUGUCAAAAUGGUGGCUAUUGUCAGCAUACAUUACAUCCAGGAGAUUUUCAAUGUCGUUGUGCACCAGGUUGGUCUGGUCGUUGGUGUGAAUUUCAAACAGAUAAUCCAUGUAAUAUGGCUAAAAUUUGUUUUAAUAAUGGUAAAUGUCAUCAAGAUCAUUUAAGUCCUGGAUUAUUUAAAUGUGAAUGUGAUAAUCAAUGGAUUGGAUCUGUUUGCCAGUUACGUCGACCAGAAACAAGAUCAUGUGUACAAAAAAAUCUAUGCAAAAAUGGUGCUACAUGUGUUGAUUUAGGUAACAGUUUCAAUUGUAUCUGUCGUCCUGGUUUCGAUGGUCAAUAUUGUGAAAAUGAAAUUAAUGAAUGUAAUUCAAUGCCAUGUUAUAAUAAUGGAACAUGUAAAGAUCUUAUUAAUUCUUUCGAAUGUGAUUGCCCUAAAGGUUUUAUUGGAACAGAUUGUAGAAUAAAUGUUAAUGAAUGUGCUUCAUAUCCAUGUUCAUUUGGAUCAACUUGUAUUGAUCGUGUUGGAACAUAUGAAUGUAUUUGUCCAGAACAACGAUAUGGUCGACAUUGUGAAGAAGUGAUCAUUGAAACAGAACCAAAACCUCCAGCAUGUAAUUUUUAUGGUCGAAUUUAUGAUCAUAAUGACAAUUGGACUUAUAGUUGUCAACGAUGUCAUUGUAAUAAAGGACAAAUUAUAUGUACUGAUGAUUUUUGUGGAUAUUGGUCAUGUUUACAAAUUAUUGGACGAAAUGAUCGUUUUGCUUGUAAAAAUGGUGAAAUAUGUCAUAUUAUCUCAUCAAAUGGUUUAAAUAAUAAUGAUUGUUUUGUACCACCAUGUUAUUUACGUACAAUUUGUUUAAAUGCUAGUCAAUCAAUACAAGAACAAUUAAAACAAUUAUUACCUAAUUAUUAUUUUAAACAAUCAUUACCUGGUUGUCGACCAAAUAGUUUUAUAUUAAAUAAUCAUUGUGCUAGAUUAUUAUUACAUUUUUCUAAAUUACGUAUGUCUUAUUCAACAACUAUUGAUGAUAUAUGUAAUGCUGUAAAAAAUUUACCAUCAUUAAAAAAAUAUCAUCAAUAUAGUAGUGGUGAUGAUGAUGAUGGGGGUCGUGGAAAAUUGGAUAUUGGUAUAAGUUGUGAUAUAAAAGCUGGUUAUUCUAUAGAACAACAAAAUAUAAUAGAAGUAACACUUAGUUCAUUGAAUGAUCAAGUUCGAAUUGGUCCAGAUGGUAGAGAAUAUUCAUUUAUUCAUGAAUUAGCUAGAAAUUUAUCUAAAGAAGCUUAUUUAGCUGCAUCAACUAAUUUAAAAUUACGUAAAGACAAUUUGAAACUAUUCAAUAGUAGAAGUGACAGCAAUUAUGAGUUUGCCAAUAAUGACAGUAAUCAUGAUAAUGAUGAUGAAGGUAUACCAUUACCACCGAUGUCUAUGAUUUUAGGCACUGAUCAAUUAGAUGAUUAUUGGCAUAGAGUAUUGCUUGGUAUAAUUGAAAUUCAAGUUGAUACAAUGGUUGUAAAUGAAAAUGAUUUUGGUCCACGUUUAUUAGUUCCAAUAAUAUGUGCUACAAUCUUAAUUAUUGCAUCAAUAUGUAUCUUUAUAAUAUGUUGUUAUUCUCAAAGAAAACGUCGUGAACUACUUAUGAAAUAUACAACAACAAUAGCGCCUAAUAAUGAACAAUCAUCAAAUUUAAUACAAAAUAUAUCAGAAAGUAAUAAUACAACAAAUCAUCAUCAUCAUCAUCAUUUCAAGAAUAUCACACAUCCAAUCAAUAUAACAUCGACUAAUCAAAACUAUACUUCAUAUCAUCCAUCACAAUUAUUAUGUGAAUCAUCAUUACAAACAAGAAGAUUUCUAUCACCAGAAUUUCAUGGAAGACGACUAUUAGUUCAUAAUGAUAAUAAUAAUGGUAGUAAUAAGAAGAAUAUUAAUAGUCAUAUUCCACCAGGAAUUUGUACAAUCAAUACAAAUCGUGUAAAUAUGAAUAAAUCCAGUGGAACAGUUGUGAUUUAAGUGUUACGUAUAUACAUGAAGUUACUAAGAAGAUUGAAGAUAGGCUCAAUGAGAGAUUGAAGAUUUCUUAACCGGGUUCAAAUGAAAAUUACAUCAUAAACUCUUAGUAUUGAUUUAUAAUGCAUCAUUGUACAGAUUAUUUUAAAGAGUGAACCGUUUCUUUUUUUUGGUGAAUCCUCUAAUAAAUGCUCUUUGUAGUAAAAAA